AUGCCUCGGACACUGCUCCUCUGUUUCGUCCACGGCUUCAAGGGCAACGACAACACAUUUCACGACUUCCCAGAUGACCUGAAACGUUCAGUCACGAAGCAACUGCCCGACCACCGCGUCGAGUCCAUCAUCUACCCCCAGUAUGAGACCAAAGGCGAACUGGCGCAAGCCGCCGAGGCUUUUUUGUCAUGGCUGAAAGAGCAAGUGAUGGAGGUCCGCAAAGCCAACGUUGAGAAGCCAUGGCCGCCGAAGGAUAGGCAAGUCGGCGUCGUCCUCGUCGCCCACUCAAUGGGAGGCUUCGUCGCCGCCGACGCGCUGUUCCUCGCCGUCAACGAGAGGGCCACUUCCAACCCGUCGGAAGACGACCCCAUCUUCCCCCUAAUCCAGGGCAUCCUCACCUUCGACACGCCUUACAACGGCCUGGCCCGCUCCAUGUUCGUCUACGGCGGCUUCUCAAACUACCAAAAGCCUCGCACGCCUGGGCACCCGCCGGGCCGCCACGUCGGCCGUCGCCUCUUCGGCCCGCCGCGCCGGCAACCCGGGCUGGAAGACGUGGCAGCUGAUCGCCGUGCGCCCGGCACCGUCGGCGCCAUCGCGGCCGGCGGCGUCGCCGCCUACGUCAACCGCGAGGCCAUCAUCUCGGGCCUCCGCAGCCUCAACAAGGGCUCCGUCAAGGAAGGGUACCAGCAGAGCAUCGGCGCCCUCGGCCAGGGCCUCGCCUACAUCAACCGCGGCACCGUCGGCCAGUCGUUCGCCUGGCUCUCGGACCACUUCACGUUUGUCGGCGCGCUCCUCAAGCAGAAGGAGCUCAACCGGCGCCUCGAGCGCAUGGGCGCCCUCAAGGGCGUGGGCAUCCACGACUUUUACGCGUCGCUCGGCGAGAACGGGUACUGGCAGGGCGGCUACUUCGUCCCCGAGAGGACGUUCUGCGCCGUCCCGGACGAGGGCCACGCGGCCUCGUCCAUCUUCUCGCGCCAGGUGCUGCAGGAGGUCGACGACGAGGUGCAGGCGCACAUGAGCAUGUUCAAGCCGGAGAAGCACAAGGGCUACGAGAAGAUGACCGAGAACGCGGCCGAAAUGGUCAUCCAAUGGUUCAACAGCGACGCGCCGCUCGUCGACGACGCCAAGUUCCGCGACGCGCCGCCCGAAGAGGCCGCCGAGGACCACGAGGUCGAGGAGACGCUCGAGAAGGCCAUCUCCAACACGACGGCGACGGAGCAAGAGGCGUCCGAGGCGUCCGGCGGCGACAAGGCGGACGACGAGGACGCGUCCAGGCCGCCGUCGGACGGGCUGCCCGACGAGUCGCCCAUCGACAUCGCCGCGGCGGCGUCGCUCGUGCCCCUGCCGGCGGACGGCGAGGGCGAUCUGGUCGGGGACGCCAGCGCGGAAAACAUGACGACCGAGGAGAAGCGGUCGUACAUGCAGCACCUCUUCCAGAUCGCGCAGUCGACCGGCACGGGCGUCAAGGGCUGGUGGCCCAACAAGAUGCCCAACAUGCCCAGCAUGCCGAGCAUUCCCAACAUGCCGUCCAUGCCCAAGGUGCCCGCCUCCGUGUCGUCCCUGGGCCAGGUCUCGAUGCCGAGCGUGAGCAUCUGGAGGAAGUCCACGCCGUCGCAGACACCGACGCCAGCCGGCGACGACGACGACAAGAAUGACGACACCGAGACCGACGGCGGGGAGAAGCGGGAUGCAAGCGCCGAGGGGGACAAGAACGAGGCCGGCAAGGGCCCCGAAGGAGCGGGAAACGAGGUAGCCAAGGCGGCGGCGGCCACUGGUGCCCUGGAGACGGCGGACGAGGCCGGCGACGACAAGUCGAAGAAAUGA